AUGAACCCCAGCACCAGUAACGAUGAUGAUUUAAAUGAGGAACACAAGCCGACCGACGCGGAUUCGAUGCACACGGCUAAGAUAAUGAAAGCCAUGCUUAGCUACAGAAGUUUCGGCCGCGAGAAGCUUUGCGAAGUGAUCUCUUCGUUUCGAUCGUUGUCAAAUGAGCACAUUCAAUUGGUCGCCGCCCAGCACACGAAGCACAUUCGGAGUUGUUUUGAUUGCGUUGAUGAGAAUCAAAAAUUUCUUGAGAUGGUGGUUGCUUUCUCGGCGAACAUGUUCGGCGGUGAGGAUCAAGCGAUUCAAUUGCUAAAUGAACUAGCCCCAGCGACCAAUCAUUUCAUGGAUAAAGUGAAGAGCACGUUACGACAAGUGAUCCGGGAAUGGAGUAGUACUGGCGCCCAAGAACGAGAAGCCACCUAUCGACCGAUUAUCGAAGAACUAGAGCGAAGAUUCCCAACCGAUCGUGAAAAUAUUCAGAUUCUUGUUCCGGGAGCAGGAUUAGGCAGGCUAGCCUGGGAAUUCGUUGAACGAGGUUUCUCCGUGCAGGCCAACGAGUACAGCAUGUUCAUGCUAUUGACAUCGUGUUUCUUUCUCAAUAAACCGUUGGAGUUAAAUUCCCUCACAAUCUAUCCGCACACCCUGGAAACGUCGAAUUUGUGGAGUUACGAGGACGCGCUUCAGCCGAUCAAAUUUCCCGACAUUAGCCCGGGGAUGAGCGAUGAAUGUCGGAAAAACACGUUUUCGAUGUGUGCCGGCGAUUUUCUCGAGGUCACAAAGGAGGACACUGAACAGUUUGACUGCGUUGUGACGGCUUGGUUCAUCGACACCGCCAAUAACAUCAUCAGCUACAUCGAGAGGAUUCGCGAGAUUUUGAAGCCUGGAGGAGUUUGGAUAAAUGUCGGCCCGUUGACCUAUCAUUACUCGGAAAUGGAGGGAGAGGUGUCAAUCGAGUUACCGUAUGCUGAGGUUCUGCGAAUCGUCAGGGAAAAGGGUUUCAUCGUCGAAAACGAGCGCGGACUCGAAAGCUCAUAUUCGGCAAAUUACAAAUCAAUGUUACGAUACUUGUACACGUGUGCUUUCUUCGCGGCUUCAAAACCAAAAAUGCCAUCGGAAAUGAAAUCGCCAAAGGACGAGGCUUCCGAUGCAACACAACAGGCGGGCACUUCUGAAAGCAGCGAAGAUGGGGCUUUGGUUGUGCCAGUAUCGAGAAUAAAGAUGAUCUACGACACGGUACCCGAUGUGUUACCUCUAUCGGCUGAUGGAGCAGCGGCGCUAUCAAUGGCCGUCGAAUGUCUCGCACAGGAUCUACUUGAAAAGGUGUACAAACGAGCGAAAAAUGAUGAAAUCGAUUACGAUGAUGUGUCGGCAAUGAUUCGGAGUGAGGAUGAGCUCUCAUGGUUACACGAAUUUGUUCCAAAACGCCUCACCUACGAGAAAGCCUGCUCAAUUAUCCAAAAUAAGGAAAAUGCUGAU